UCCCCCUGCUCUCCCCUCCUCCCCCUUUAUUACCCUUUGUGUGUGUGUCUCUUUCUCCACUGCUCCAGGAGAGGAAAUAAAAAGUGGGGUGCAGCCAAGGUUAUCAUGAGUACCACAUAUGAUUGGAUUAAACUAAUAAAUGCUGAAGAUGAUCCCUUUUGUAGACAAGACUUUUAAGAUCUGGGAUUUCAUAUAAUGAAGGCUUUCAUCUUGAAGUUGUACCAUCAUGAGAGAAUCAGAAGAAGUGUCCAGGAGUACCUUGGACAAUGAAUGGAAGAGCAUGAGAAAACAAAAAGAAUGUGGCAUAUGAAAAGGAUUGAAUACCUGGAGGUAUUAGUUGCCAUACUUCUGUAAAAAUGGGAGUUAAUUUCUCAAAAUACAAAUUAGCUUAGACAGUCAGCAAGUUUGGAGUUGUGCUAUGGAACUAGGAAUAAACAUUUGUGUCCCUUUGUUGCCAAUGACAGAAAAUUGAUGGAUUAUGGUUUUCCCAAGUUGGAAAUACUUGUUUUUACCUAUCUAGGAUAUCCUUAUGACUACAUAAGGAGUAACACAUUUCAUAACUGCCUCGAUUCAGAAUGGGCAAUUGACUUGUCAACAACAGCAACAAAAAUGGUCGACUUUGUGGACUGAGACAGAGGCCUUCCAAUGCACUUUGUACACCCUGGGAAUUACUGUGCCGUGUGGCCACCUCCUGAAGGCCAUGAUGAUUUUUAGAAUAAGGAUAUCAUCUUCCUGUUGAUAUCUUUGAAGAAUCAUAAGCUUAAUCAGAAAAAUGAAUGGAAGCAAGGAAUGUGACAGUGGGGACAAAGAUGGAGGGCUGCCAGCAGUACAAGUCCCAGUUGGUUGGCAACGGAGGGUGGAUCAAAAUGGAGUCCUGUAUAUUAGUCCUAGUGGGUCUUUAUUGUCCUGUUUGGAGCAGGUUAAAACAUACCUGUUGACUGAUGGAACAUGCAAGUGUGGUUUAGAAUGUCCUCUCAUCCUUCCUAAGGUAUUUAAUUUUGACCCUGGAGUUGCUGUAACACAAAGAACAGCUGAAGAUGUUAAAGCAGAUGAAGAUGUCACUAAGCUAUGCAUCCAUAAGCGGAAAAUUAUUGCUGUGGCUACCCUUCAUAAAAGCAUGGAAGCACCACAUCCCUCAUUGGUUCUAACUAGUCCUGGAGGUGGAACAAACAUAAGUCCAAUAGUACCUUCACGAGCAGCAACUCCAAGAUCAGUGAGGAAUAAGUCACAUGAAGGAAUAACUAAUUCUGUGAUGCCAGAAUGUAAAACUCCUUUCAAGUUGAUGAUGGGAGCCUCAAAUGCCAUGGGUAGGUUAUAUGUGCAAGAGAUGACUGCAAGCCAACAAGAACUUCAUUCUGUCUAUCCUAGACAGAGAUUGGGCAAUAAUGAACACGGGCAGAAGUCGCCAUAUCGUGGCAGUCAUGGAGGAAUGCCUAGUCCAGCGUCAUCGGGAUCACAAAUAUAUGGAGAUGGUUCAAUCUCACCUAGGACAGAUCCACUUGGAAGUCCAGAUGUUUUCACAAGGAAUAAUUCCAAUUUUCAUGGAGCACCCAAUUCUAGCCCUGUUCACAUGAACAGGACCCCUCUAUCCCCACCCUCUGUUAUGUUACAUGGUUCUCCUGUGCAGUCAUCUUGUGCAAUGGCUGGAAGAACUAAUAUACCUCUUUCUCCAACUCUGACCACCAAAAGUCCAGUAAUGAAAAAACCCAUGUGUAAUUUUUCAGCUAAUAUGGAAAUGUCGCGAGCAGUGUUUCACCACAAACCACCUCAAGGCCCGCUACCGCCGCCACCACCGCCGCCACCACCUUCUUCAUGUAUACUUCAGAAAAAGCCAUUAACAUCAGAAAAGGAUCCACUUGGCAUUCUUGACCCCAUUCCCAGCAAGCCCAUGAAUCAAAAUCCUGUUAUAAUGAAUCCAAGUACUUACCAUUCAAAUGUCCACUCUCAGGUACCUGUGAUGAAUGUAAGCAUGCCUCCAGCUGUUGUUCCUUUACCAAGUAAUCUCCCUUUGCCAACUGUAAAACCUGGUCACACAAACCACGGAAGCCACAUGCAAAGAGUUCAGCACUCUGCUUCAACUUCUCUCUCGCCCUCACCAGUAACGUCACCAGUUCAUAUGAUGGGAUCUGGAAUUGGAAGGAUUGAGGCUUCACCCCAAAGAUCACGCUCUUCUUCCACAUCAUCAGAUCAUGGAAAUUUCAUGAUGCCAGUAGGACCACAGUCAUCUUGUACUAAUAUUAAAGUCCCUCCUCGGUCACCAAGAUCAACAAUAGGAUCUCCUAGACCAUCCAUGCCAUCAAGCCCUUCCAUGAAGAUCGAUGGAUUCCACCAAUAUAAGGACAUUCCUAACUCAUUGAUUGCUGGAAUGAGUAACGUGUUGAACCCUUUGGGAAAUGCAGCUUUUCCACCUGCGUCUACCGGAAGUGGGUCCGUGAAGAGUCAACCUGGCUUGCUGGGAAUGCCUUUAAAUCAGAUCUUGAAUCAGCACAAUGCUGCCUCUUUUCCAGCUAGUAGUUUACUCUCAGCAGCAGCCAAAGCACAGCUAGCAAAUCAAAAUAAACUUGCUGGUAACAAUAACAAUAACAGCAGUAGCAAUUCUGGAAUAGUUGCCAGCAAUAGCAGCAAUGACGGACAUAGCACUUUAAACCCCAUGUUUCCACCGACCACCAAUGUGCUUCUCCCGACGAAUGAAGGGCAGAGUGGUCGAGCAGCACUACGAGAUAAACUUAUGUCUCAACAAAAAGAUCCUUUGAGGAAAAGGAAACCCCCAACCACUACAGUGUUGAGUUUGCUUAGGCAGUCUCAAUUGGACAGCUCAGUGGGCGUUCCAAAAUCCGGCCCUGAUUUGAUAAGAAAGCAAAACCAGGGUUCAUUUCCCAUCACAUCAAUGUCUCAGUUACUUCAGUCCAUGAGCUGCCAAAGCUCUCAUAUGAGCAGCAAUAGUAUUUCUAGUUGUGGGAGCUCAAAUACUGUUUUGCCUUGCUCUGCUAACCAACUACAUUUUACCGAUACUACUAUGAGCUCGAGCACUCUUCCGAAUUCACUGGCACAGGAUUUACCUUUGAGAGGGGAAAGUAUGCACUGCCUGAAUUCAAACGCUAAUUUUGGCCACUGCACUAGUCCUGGCCCCAAUAACCAUCUUGCAGGCUUAAUAAACCAGAUGCAGCCUACUGGAAACUGUGGGGUGCUCAAUCAGUCGGGAAUGACUUUAGGAAAUUCAUUACAUCUGAAUCCAGCUCAUCCACGAAUCCAAGCACCUUCCACGAAAGUGAUACCAAACAGCAUUAUGAACAGCUGCAAUCAAACCAGUCCUGAAUCAGGAAGGACAGGUCCACCAUCAUCUACAGCUGUAGCUGGUAGCUGUCAACCUGGGAUCACCAAGACAACGUCUGUUCUUCAAGAUGGUGUCAUUGUCACAACUGCAGUUGGAACGCCACUACAUAGCCAACUCCCUCUUGGGAAUGACUUUCCUUUUGUUGGUCCUGAGCACCCUCUGCAUUUUCCACAGAACAGCGCUUCAAGCAACAGUCUUCCGCACUCUUUGAAUCCUAACCUCUUUAGUUCGCUACCUAUCUCUUUGCCAGUGAAUCAGCAACACCUCCUUAACCAGAAUCUAUUAAAUAUACUUCAGCCUUCAACAGGAGAAGGCAAGUCUGAGGUCAACCUCAAUCCUUUAGGUUUUCUCAACCCAAAUGUAAAUGCCGCUUUAGCUUUGCUCUCCGGUGAAGUGGAUGGGCAGGUGCUACAACCUGUCCAUGUUCAGCUGCUAGCAGCUCUUCUUCAAAACCAAGCCCAAACAUCUGCCAUGUUCCCUUUAGCAUCUUUCAAUCUGUCCAUCUCAGACCUCUUACAGCAACAACAAAAUGGUACCGUGCCCUCAGUAACACAGAUGACAGCCCCACUGCCAGACCAAUUGCUUAGCAGUCAGUCAGAUACCAACAGAGCUGAGACCCUGUUAACCAACCCCCUGGGAAACUCUUUCCCAAGCUUUUCAAGCACAGACACUGCUUCAAAUCCCCUGCUCCUCCCAGCUGCCACUGGGGCCUCAGGAUUCAUGACCUUGAAUCCCCAGCUGUUGGGAGGUGUUUUGAACUCUACAUCGGGCAGCACUGCUAACCAUCCAGAGGUUUCCAUAGCAAUCUCCUCCCAGGCUACCACUGGCACAGCCACUACAUCAUCAGCAGUGGCAGCACUGUCUGUCUCAACCCUUGGUGGGACAGCAGUGGUGUCAAUGGCAGAAACAUUGCUGAGCAUAUCUAAUAAUGCUGGGAAUACAUCUGGUCCAGCUAAACUCAACAAUAACUCUGUGGUGCCACAGCUACUUAACCCUCUACUGGGGACAGGUCUACUUGGUGAUGUGCCCUCCAUAAACACUACUCUUAAUAACCAUCAGCUCACUCAUCUACAGUCAUUGUUCAACAACAAUCAGAUGUUUCCAUCAAAUCAGCAACAGCAGCUUCUCCAAGGUUAUCAGAAUCUCCAAGGCUUCCAAGGACAGCUUCCUAUUCCCGGACCUCCUAACAACCCAAAUCCUAUGGCUUGUCUGUUCCAGAAUUUUCAGGUGAGGAUGCAGGAAGAGGCCGCUUUUCUGAACAAGAGAAUUAUCUCUCAAAUAGGGAUGCCACCAGUUCCUGAAAGUUCCAGUGCAGCAAUUCCUCCUUUUCAAGAUGCUGUAUGCAAUUUACAACAAAGGACAGAACCAUCUGUAGGACAACAGGCAAAGGACAUCGGUUUAGCUGCCCAGAGUGAUGGUUCAGUUGAUGCCAUCUACAAAGCAGUGGUAGAUGCUGCAGGCAAGGGGAUGCAAGUAGUAAUCACAACCGCGGUUAACAGUACAACACAAAUGAGCCCUAUUCCAGCUCUGAGUGCCAUGAGUGCCUUUACAGCCUCAAUUGGUGAUCCAUUAAACCUUUCCAGUGCUGUCAAUGCAGUAAUACAUGGACGGAAUAUUGGCAUUUCUGAUCAUGAAGAUAGAGUAAGGAACAUUAGGGGGACACGGUUAUUGAAGAAUUCGGAACACCUUAAAAAUUCCAGCGACGGGGAUAGUUUGGAAUAUUAUAAACCAACAGGUUGCAACACACCAAAAAAACAGUGGGAAGGGGAGCAGAGCCCUGGAGGGGAGAUGAAUCGAUGGAAAUGCGAGGAGGUUUUAGAUCAUUCAUCCCACAUCCUCAGUAGUCCUUGCCAUGAAAGGCCCAACAAUAUUUCCACAUUGCCAUUAGUCCAAGGCAAGCAACAUCCAGUAUUAUUACCCCAGCGAAAUUGUCACGGCGAUAAGAUGGUGGAGGAGAACUUCAGGUAUAGCAAUUACAAAAGAACUAUGAUGAGUUUUAAAGAGAGACUCGAGAACACUGUGGAACGAUGCGCGCACAUCAAUGGAAACCGGCCUCAACAGAGCAGAGGGUUUGGAGAGCUGCUGAAUCCUUCUAAGCAAGACCUAGGCGUGGAAGAACAGUCUCCCAGUUCCUCCAAUAGUUUUGAAAGUUCUCUGAUUAAAGACUACAUCCAUUACAAUGGAGACUUUAAUGCCAAAAGCAUUAAUGGGUGUGUGCCUAGUCCUUCAGAUGCUAAAAGCAUCAGUAGCGAAGAUGACCUAAGGAAUCCUGAUUCCCCAUCUUCAAACGAGUUGAUACAUUACAGACCAAGGACGUUUAAUGUUGGGGACUUGGUCUGGAGCCAAAUUAAAGGACUGUCGUCUUGGCCUGGUAAAUUAGUGAGAGAAGAUGACGUUCACAACUCAUGUCAACAAAGCGCUGAGGAUGGGAAGGUGGAACCUGACAAGUUGAAAACACUAACAGAAGGUCUGGAAGCCUACAACCAUGUCCGAAAACGGAAUAGAAAAAGUGGAAAGCUAAAUAACCAUUUAGAAGCUGCUAUCCAUGAGGCCAUGAGUGAACUUGACAAAAUGUCUGGGAAUGUGCAUCAGAUUCCACAGGGAGACAGACAGCUGAAGCCUCCAAAACCCAAAAGGAGGAAGAUCUCUAGAUAACAUUGAAUGAAUUUGUUACUGAUCUGGCUCUUACAUAACAUGCACAUAAUUUUCAUAUAUAUAUAGAUAUAUAUAUAGAUAUAAUCACCACAAGGUGCUAAACAAAACAGUGGUACAGUAUUCUUAUUGAUAAAGAGGGAGAAGUUAAUCCAGAUCUUCUAAAGAUUGAAGAGUGUCUAUAAAUCCUUUUUUUCUAUAAUACUAAAAUUGUGAUUAUAAAAUUAUAGUCCAAAUGUUUCUGCAAAAUUUUCAUUAUGUACAUAGAUAAAACAGAAUUUCAUGACGAUAUCUGAAAUGUAAAUAGUGUACUAUUGUCAUGUACAAGCAUACCUAAUGCACACUUUAUCUUUUAUUGUACAAAAGAAUAGUGUACAAAAUUCUUUGGUUUCUAUUGAGUACACGUACAAGAGACUACCAAUGUAAAGUGAUAAAUAAAAAUACAGCCUAAAUGCUUUUAUAUAAUAAUGUAAAAAAUGCUGUUUUUGUAUUUAACAGCAGUGAAAAGGCAUGAUUAUGUAAUCCCCUAAUUAUGACAUAACACUUUUUGCCACUGAGUGUUCAUUUAUAGUGUCUGUUUGGAAUGAACCUGGCCUGGAAGUACUGUACUCCAUUUUGGGUCCCUGUAGGAGAGUGAAACCUUGCAGAUUCCUAAUGGGAUGUGGGAUCAUAGGUCAAAUUAAGAUAUCAAAAGCUGCAACUACUGGUUGCGUUGUUGUUUUUUUAAUUGAGUUUUAAAUUAUAAUAUUUUAGAUUUUUUUUAAUUAAAAUAUUUAGAUAGACUAUUUGAGUCAGCUUUAACAGAAUUUCCUAGCUACCCGCUUUGAAAUCAGAAACAUAUCAGCAUUCAUUUUUACUUCCUUUUUUUUUUUUAACAAAGCCUAAAGUAGCUUUUCCAAUUUAUUUAAGCAAAAAACACAAUUCCUAUUAAAGUAUGAGAGCAAUAGCCCAAUUGAAGGAUUCAUUGUUGUUGCUAAUUGUUAGCAGUAAGCUUACGAUUUAGCAAAAACGUGUUCCUAAAUUAACAAAGGGAUUCAGUGACCAGCUGUCCUUGGAUAUUUUUACUGUAUUCAGUGGACUGGAUGAGCGUAAGCAGUUCCUGAAUUCCCCUGCCUGCCAAUACUAACAGCAUUUUCCUUAUUAAUAGUAAAAGUGAAAGGUGGCUUGCUAAACUAUUAGCAGCAGUGGCCAGGAUCCAAAGGACUCCACAACUAGUUCAGUGCAUCUGUAAGAUUGUUCAAAGUAUCUUUUGAACAAAAUCUCUUUUUCCCAGUUUGGAGAUUACUAGCAUUCUUGAACCAUUGGCAACUUCCAAAAUAAUUCUUGGAGUUCUUGUUUGAGAAAGGUAGCAAUUAGUUAAAGCCCGGUUGAAACAUAUCCGAGUCUUUGGAUGGACCUAAUGCAGUUCUUUGGAUCCCAGCCAGUGAUUUUAUCAGUAUUAUGUAACAGAUCAGAUUUAUUUUAUUUAAUAAGAAUUAUUUAUACCAUUAACAGAUUCGUAUAUAUAAAUAUAUAAAUAUAUCUUUAUAUAUAUUUAUAUUAAUGUGGCAGAAAUGUGCAGGUUGAAUCUAACUAGAUUAUUUAUGUUAUGUUAAGUUUGAAAGAAAUGUGAAGCAUAUAUGUUAGAAUAUGAUAGUACACUACAGAUACAUGAACCUGAAGCUGUGAGGUUUCUCAAAAUACCCAUUGUGUACCUUUGAAAGAAAUUAUAAUGCAGUGUCAUUUUUAAUAUGGGUGCUGCAUAUAAUGGCAGUGGCCUUCCCCACUUUUCCAAGUAUCCCAGUUCACUAUGACUAGGCCCAAGAUGGAGUCUCCUGAGGAAUACCUGCUACCUCUUCAUCUAGGAGCCACCGUUGUAUCUCAUCCUGGAACGUCAUUCAUUUAAAUGGCCUAGUUACCUCUCCUAGCAAAGAUUACUGGUAAUCAGCAGUAUCCAAGCCUGAUGACAAUAAGUCUGUAACCAAAAUGUAGUGCUUACAUGAAGAGAACUUAUCACCUGCCUAAGUUCAUGUUCUCGGGGCCUCACUCUACUUUCCAUGUGAAAUGAGUCCCAGAGGACAACAGCUUUUGGGAAACAAUUCCCCUCACACCCCCGGUCAGCUCUCCUUCCCAAUGCACAUAACUCUAGCAUGGGGUUGGAUCACCUUAGUCUCAUCUGGACAGCUCUUAUUCCUUUGUCCACACCCCAGUCUGAGGGAAUGCAAUUAACCACACAAAGCUACAGUGACCUGGAGACAGGAAUCCUUCUACCUGCUGGGUAGGUUCAUUGUGUCUUCUAUUUGAUGGCAGGGUAGUCUCACAAUCCUACAUGAAAACUCAUUUGAAAUAAUACUUUGUGUAGAUCAGUUAGCACUCCUAUUAUUUUUAUUUUUGUUACAAGUUGAUGUGUUUGUUAUGUUUAAAGACUUAAUGUUGUCCAUUUUUCGUACCAGCCGGCUUUCUGCUCGUGUCUAAACAGAUGUUUCUAUUCAUGAAUACUCAUGGGUGUGUGUAUGGGUGGAUGUGUGUUUAUAUUUAGUAGUUUUUUUAAAGAUUUUCUUUGUCCCUAAAACUGAAUUUGUAUUGACCAACCCUUCUUUUGACAUUUUUAACUAAUUAGGUUUGUACUCUUUUUCUCACCAAUGUAUACUUUACAUUAGUAGACUAUGUAAAGUAUUUUUGUGCACUCGAUUUCAUUGGUUAAUAUUGGCAUUGAUGUGGGUGCUAGGAAUAGUUUGUUUCAGUCCAUACAGAUUUUUCCCUCAUUUUUAGAGUUUUUAUGGUUUUAUGUAAGCAGUUGAUGUAAAUAUUGUGAGCAUUACAGGUCAUGCAGUGUUGUAACAUUUUUAAAAAUGUUGCACAUACUUUACAAUUAAAAAGCUGGUCGCUCGUACUUGAAUUUGCCCAUAGAGCCAUUUCUUUCUCUUUGCAUUAAUGCAUAAAUGACUUCUUUAAAAAAAACAAAAAACUC